CUCUUAGUUCUUACAUUCUCUCCAAGCAUCUACGUUCUUGAUUGCCGGGCUGCAACUGCUGCGUUCUUUGCAGACAGUAGUAAGCAUUUUACGGUCCUCAUAACCCCAUCUCGCUGGAAUUCCUCGUCAUUCCUUACAAGAGCAACCCCCCCGUGGUCCGCUCGAUGGCUACUGACUGGCAAACCGAGUGUAUCGUGCCUCAACACCAGCCGACUCUUGAGAGCAUAGGAGCCCAUACAGACAGAGCCUUGCAGAACACAUCUGGGAACGUCCAGACGUACUCUGACCUCGCACACGGCACGGCUGGUCGGGAUGACCAGCUGCAGCAACUUGCUUUCAAGUAUCCUCAACCCCCAGUUCCAACACAUCCAGUGCCCACUGUUCCCACCCUUCAGCCCCCUCAGAACCUCCGACUCCAGACAAAGAAACUGCGGCGCUUGCAUUCGUUCGGGCCCAGCCUAAUCGGUCCUCGUAGCAGGCCCAGAAGCUAUCUCAGGUCCCAGAAGUACCUCGAGUACAGGGCUCGACCUCGUCGUGACACGGGCAAGGAUGGGGAACCGGUAUGGUCGGACGAGCUUGAGGACGCGUUUCAACAAGCUCUCGAAGCGAAUCCGCCAAUGGGCCGACGGAAAUGGUCAGAACGAGGAAAGUCAUAUGGUCGAAAUGAGCUCAUUGCUGAGUUCAUCUACAAGAAGACUGGUAAGCGAAGAACCAGAAAGCAAGUGUCCAGUCACUUGCAAGUCCUCGACUCGUUCCUCAAAGGAGACCCCGAUUGGGAACGACUUGUACGUGAAGAGGCGGCCGUCCGCUCGAACAACCAACAUCCGCCCUCUGGUCCAAGAUGGAGGGCUUCCAUGGACCCUCCCUUGUCAAGUCAUUAUGGCAAUCACCUCCACACCACCUAUCAUGAUCCUUUGAGACAGGCCUAUACAGGAGACCUCCCCCGCCGCCUCUCUCCCUCAACUCGAACAUCAACACACGCUCCAGACAAGCCUGACCGUAUCGACGACGCGAUCCACAAGUACAGCCGCCUGCAAGAUGACCAGCGCCACCCUGUCGCACCUGUUGCUCUGAGGGACGUGAGGGACUGGCAAACCUCUUUCCCGCACCUCAACACGCUGAUGGCGAACCCGAACACAUCGCCAGAAUGCGAGAUCAUCCUUGUUGAAGCGAACCUGGAGCUCAUGGACGACUUCCCCCCUGCCCACUCGAAACUUGGAAUCCACUUGGAGAUGGACUUCGCCCAAGCCACGACCGGGGCUGUGCCUAUGGUCAAUCAGAUGGAAAACUGGACUUGUAAAACUUACAUGUACGAGGGCGGCCAAGAAACAUACCAAGGCCGUCAAGAAGUCGCGAGGCCGGUGCACACCAAAGUCAAGCCUCUAUUCGAAUCAAAAUGGUGGGCAAACCUCUUCACCCAGCUCACCCAGGACCAAAAGAUGGCCGAGCGCGCUGGAAACCAUCACGCCCCUGAGCAAGCCCGGGAGUUCCUUCGCUCCCUGACCGUAGUUCAGGAGAUCCGGGCUACGGUGCCCUACAGCUCGCGUCGCAUGUCCAACCCUUACUCUGGGCACCCCGUGGAAGAGAGAAAGAGAGUUGCGAUCCUUCUGUGGAAGUUCCGACAGACAAGGCCCGGUGAGGUUGGCACCACUACGUGGCGUAGAGUUAUCCCUCAGCCCGAGCGGAUCUCGCACAGCAGUCCCAAGGCAGCGCCGGGCAUCGAUCUUCCUCCGUUGUCCUUCGCCGAUACAAUGCUGUUGAACCGCCCCAGUCCAAGCGCCUACCACCAGACUCAACCUCACGAGUUGCUCCAUAGCCACGGCGUCUCUCAGCCCCACUGGCCUCUGUACCCAACGGCCCAAGACAGCGUUGCCCACAUGUUCAACGGCCCCUUCGAUCUGCUCGGCUCCAUUCCCCGAUCUGAAGAUCGCCUGGGCGACAAGACCGCCGUCACGUCGGUGCUGGAUCACUUCCCCAACCUCCAGCCACAAGAAACCAGUCAGCCGACGAGUCUCGCUGGGUCCACGGGAGGACCAGUAAUGCUCAACAGCGUGCCUGACCUCUCUCUGGGCCACCCCAACCUUGGCGGAUACAACCUUGGUCACGAUGGCCACUACGUCCCAUCCCAGACACACGGGGUCAGCAUGCACGACAACAACAGCAUGCUGAACAGCAUCUUUGCCUCAAGCGGACCGUCCAUCGACGAUAUCGGCCACAGCCACGCGGCUUGGGCGACGCCAACAACAUCGGCGAUCCACGGUGACAUGAGCGGAAACAACUACACCCACCUUCACUUCCCAUCGUCGGAUCACCAGGGUGCGGGCCCUCGCGGAGAGUCGCAUGCCAGCCACCACCACGGCUUUGAGGGCAUACUGCCCGACGAUCUGGAGAAGCUGGUCGGGAGCAUGCCGGGGGAGAUGAACGGGGGAGGACACGACCACACGCAUUCAGCUUACGCGGAGAGCAAUACGGUGCAGGCGAUUUGA